UUUCGUUCAGUGUAGAUAAAUUUUGUUUACCUUUCAUUCUUCAAAAACAAAACUUUCCGAACAAGCUAAUUUAUUUUCGAUCGAUAAGCGAAAAUAUUAAAUUUUUCAUAUUUAAUGGAAAAUUUCCAAACUUAUUUUAAAUAAAACACCCCAAAAUGGACCAUUUUUGGAAUACCCUUUCGAAGGAGGUUGGGCGCAUCCCAGAUACAUUGAAAAAUAUCCUGGAGGUAACGGAGUACAUAAACGCCGGUCUGGCCUUCAUCGGCAACGAAGAAAUAGCAGCCAUCGAGGACGAUGUUCGUCUGUUGCCAAAAAUCAUGAACAAAUCGGCCGACGAUCCCAGCAUGAUAAAGUUCUUUGGACGAUUUGCUCACUGUCCGGAUCAGUUUCGAUUGAUGGCGGGCGAAAGAGCUAUACUGAAGUUGAUUUCAUCCUGUAUUCAACGGAAGGGGAUCGCACAUUACAUGAAAACGGUGGAACGCCGCGAGAAAGAAGUGGCCGUUGUCCUGGGAAGCGUGGACAAGGUAGCAAACGAAGUUCGCAGGAAGAUUGUCGAUUUUUACACCGAUAGGUGUGACGGUAGUGUGGAACAAAUUGAUUUCUGCACCCGCGUGGCGAUGAUUCCAAUAGAAAUAACAGAAGCAGAAGACGGGGGAACGAUUGCGAAAAUCGGAUGCAUUUUUUGCACCAACGAUAACGUUAUCAGCUGCCGUCCGGAAAGAUGCGGUGGAAGCUGGAAGGUGAGCAAUUUUUUGGCCCACAUCCGCAACGUGCACAAGAACAUUAACUCUCCAAGUUCGAUGCAACGGACGGUUGGCGCUGCGGGAACAAGUAAAUCCUCGCCGAUUGAAAUGGUGGUCGGUGAAAACAGUUCCAACGGGGUCGGGGCCUACGAUUACUGGACACACUCCAACGAUGUGAGCUCUAGCCAUGAGAACUCCUUCAAACGGAAAUUGGAACACUCUGGUGGCGAUGGAUUGAUGGAGGAUUAUGGAUUCUCCAUCAAAGAAGAACGGUAUCAAUAAUGCAACAUUAUUUGAUAAAUUGACACACAUUUCCUUUUAGAUGUGAAGAAAAGUAUUUUAAGGCCAAGUCAAUGCAUUUAGUUUAAGUAUUAUCACAUAUUGAUAUGUAUGUGUAUCCAUGGAAAUGAAAUAGAUGUCUGUAAAAAUCUAAAAA